AAUUCUAGCAAAUGCAGAGAGCUGAUUUGCUUAGGUUUGGGAACAGAGGUAUUUCCUUCAAAGGGAUGGGAAAAUCAAAAUUGUUCGUGAAUUCCGUUUUUUGUACUCACAUUGUUUUUUUUUAAUCUUUCAGCUAGGGUUGUGUGAGAAAACAGAGGAGAACAUCAAGUGCCUGAGGAAAGUGGAAAGAUAUGGAAGAGAAUGUUGAGACAACAAAAACACCCAAAGAGAAGAGAGAGAAUCGGAGGCCUGUGUGUGAAAAAACUGUUCUGCACAAAGCGGCCCAUGAUGGCAAUUUGAAAGCCCACAGAGUGAAGAAAAAAUAUAAACGCCUAGACUGUGGAAAGAGUUUCCCAGAGAGUAGAGUACUUAUUGAACAUCAAAGAACGUACACAGGGGAGAAACCAUUUGACUGCCUAGAAUGUGGAAAAGCAUUUAGUCAGAAAGGAACGCUUACUAGCCACCAACGAAUUCACUCAGGGGAGAAACUAUUUAAAUGCCUAGAAUGCGGAAGGAGUUUCUCCCAGAGUGGUACCCUUCAAGUACAUCAAAGAACUCACACAGGGGAAAAGCCAUUUAAAUGUCCAGAAUGUGGAAAGCACUUCCGAAGUGCCUCAAACAUUAAUUCCCAUCAAACUACUCACUCAGGAAAGAAACCAUAUAAAUGCCUGAAUUGUGGAAAGAACUUCAGUCAGCCCUCUCUCCUUAUUUCUCAUCAAAGAACACACACGGAUGAGAAACCGUAUGAAUGUUUACAAUGUGGAAAGAGCUUCAGAUACAACUCAGCACUUCAUUCUCAUCAAAGAACUCACACAGGAGGGAAAAGAUUUCAGUACCUAGAGUGUAGUAAGAGCUUCCAUCAGAGGUACGACCUUGCAUCCCAUCAGAGAAUUCACACAGGAGAGAAACCAUUUGAAUGUUUGCAGUGCAGAAAGAGCUACUGUCUCAAGAUAAGUCUUAAGAGUCACCAGAGAAUUCACACAGAAAAGAAUCAGUGUCUUGACUGUGGAAAAAACUUUAGGCAGAAGGCUGCCCUUAUUUCCCACCAGAGAAUUCACACAGGAGAGAAACCAUUUGAAUGUUUGCAGUGUGGAAAGAGCUUCCAUCUCGAGUUGAGUCUUAAGAGUCACCAGAGAAUUCACACAGGAGAGAAACCAUUUGAAUGUUUGCAGUGCAGAAAGAGCUUCCAUCUCGGGAUGAGUCUUAAGAGUCACCAGAGAAUUCACACAGAAAACAACACAUUUCAGUGUCUUGACUGUGGAAAAAGUCUGGCAUACCUUUAGCCAGAAGUAUGCCCUUAUUUCCCACCAGGGAAUUCAUACAGGAGAGAAACCAUAUCAGUGCCUGGAGUGUGGAAAGAACUUCAUUCUCAGACCAUCACUUUCAUUACAUCAAAGAACACACAGAGGGGAGAAACCAUUUAAAUGCUUGAAGUGUGGAAAGAGCUUUGAACGAGGGGAGUAUCUUACAUUACAUCAAAAAACACACACAGAUACCUCUUCAGAAGAGGAGCACCCUGAUCCCCUAGAACAACCCAUUCCUACAGUUGACCUGAGGCAACAAGAGAGAUUCCUCAUCAGCAGUGCCUCAUCUAACAUUCCCAGCAGCCCUUUCAAAUCUGCCUUGAGCCCACUCAUGAUUCCAAGCUCUCCUUCCUCCACUCACAGCUCAGCAGAGCAGCAGUGGCAGUGUAUCAGGUGGGAUACUCAGAGCCACGGUGGGAGUGUCCACCUGACUCCUAGAAUCCCCUUUCAUCCAGGGAAUACUUCCUGAGCAUGUGUCUACUCAGGAACAUGGGUCUGCUUAUGAGGAGGAAGGCCCAGCUGUGACUACUAAUCGACCACACUCAGAUGUAUCUGCAGAAACUGGGUCUGACAAAAUCUGUGUUCUCUUGCCCAGAGCUUUCCUUGGUUAACACCUCCCACAGAGCAGUCUGACCCCAUUUUUGAGCUUACGAUAGGAAAAACUAUUUAGGUGCCUGGAAUAUGAAAGGCGUUUAAAGCUGAGCACACAGCUUAUGGAAAGGCUGCCUUGGACAUAAUUUAGCUAAGGUAGAAUUAGUAGAAAAUCUCUAAAUAUGUUGGAAGGAGGGCUUAACAGUCAUCAAGGAAUUCAUGCUGUGCAAAGCCCCAGAAGUGUUCUGGUUAUAAGUAAGAUUUUUUACAAGAAUCAAAAAUUAUAUGUGCAUUUGUAUUUGGGUAUAUGCCAGACACACCCAUGGACUGUGGGGUGUGAUUUAGAAGAAAACUCACAUGAAAUCCUCUGCCUAGAAGAAAGGCCAUGUAAACAUACAGGAGAAUGGGAAGGAACCAAUGCCCCAGGGAGGUUGUGGGCUCUUCCACGCUGGAGGCAUUUAAGAUGCAACUGGACAGCCAU